AAAAAAUGGAUGGAAACAAGAGUAGAUAUUCAUUAAAAAAUGUUUUUUUAAUAGAGAAGAAAAUAUGCCAUUUAAAAGGAAUUUCUAUAAGAAAUAUAAGUAUUGAGGAAUUGAAUAAACAGGGGAUAUCUAGUGGAAUACAGGAACAUGAUAUAUAUAAUAAUAAAGUGUUUGAUGAAUUAAGAGAAGAUUUUAAAGAACAAAGUGACAAGAAAAAUGAAAUAAAUUAUUCUAUUUUAAAAGCGAAUAUUUCAGAAAAGGAAUUAGAGCCUCUAGCGCCAUGUAGAAUAAGACAACAUAGUGUUAGAAGUGGCUUAAUAAGUUAUGAAGAGCCACUAUUACGUUUAGUACAUUUGGAAAAAGCAUUAAAAAAUCAUCUUGUAGAUACAUUUUUUACAUUACAUGUUAAAAGUAUUGAGCAUCCUUUAUAUAUUAGUGAAAUUGUUACAAAAACGAUGAACCCGAAUUUUUUAUCAUUUGAUUUUUCUACAAUAAAAACAUCAUUUAUUUGUCUAUCUUCUCUUAUAAUUUGCGUUUGGAUAUCAAAUGGAGGGCCUUUCCGAUUAUUAAUAAAGCAACCAACACAUCUCCCAUCUUUAAACUAUCUUGGAGAAAAUCUUUAUUCUUUGAAAUCAUCCUUUCCAAAAAAUUGUAUUAUUUUAAGGUUUAACGAUGGAUAUUAUUCAUAUCAUAAUUUAACAUGUCCACUCAUGUACAUGCCUACUAAUCUAUCAGAGGCUAAAGAAUGCUAUUCAUAUCAUGACAUUAUGAAACUAAAUACUCUAGAAAAAUGUAUAUGGGAUGCAAAUAGAUCUAUAAGAAUAUUAAUGAAAUCUCUUGAAAAACAUUUUGACAAAUACUACAAACUAUUUGAAAUUCAAAAACAAAAGAAUAAAUCAUCUAAAAAUUUAUCAGAAUUAGAGAAUACUAUUGCUCUCGAAAAUAAAAAAUUUAAAGCUGCAAAAGAAUAUAAAUAUUCUCUUCAAAAAAGUUUAAAUAUAAGGCGAGAAUCUAUAAAAAUAAGUUUGCAAAAUCAACAGAAGGUCAUAAAUUGCAUUAAGGAUGCCAGAAAAAUUCUUCAACACAGAAAAGAGACCUUAUCUCAAGUUUUUAAAAAAAUAUCUAUAUAUAAAUGUCAUAUUGCAACUGAAUUGCAAAACGUUUUCCCUAUAGAACCAAUUAUUGAUAAACCUCUUGAUUUUACCAUUUGUAAUAUCUUUCUUCCAAAUACGGAUUAUUAUAAGCAUGAUAAUAAUCAAAUUGCAGCCGGCCUAGGAUAUACAGCACAUUUAAUAUAUUUAUUAUCUUUUUAUUUGAGGAUCCCUUUAAGAUAUCCUAUUCGACCUAUGUGUAGUCGUUCUAUUAUUGAAGAUCCUAUUGAUACUUUUCAAAACUCUAGGAGUUUUCCUUUAUGGCUAAAAGGGCAAGAUUAUUCUCAUUUUAAAUUUGGCGUAUUUCUUUUAAACAAAAACAUAGAACAGCUUAUGGAUUCUCAGUCUUUAAUUAUAACAAACUUACAGUAUACUCUUCUAAAUUGCAAGCAUCUUUUAUUAUAUAUGACAUCAUUAUGAAAAUUUAAAACAGUUUCUCCAACUACAGAAAUAUUUAUAUCAUUAUAUUUACUAGAUAUUAUACAUUUUAAUAGAUUAUGUUUAUAUAUUAUUACU